CUGGCUCAGUGUGGAGCAGGUCAGGGCCGGGAAUUCGGGGUCAGCUCAGCCUUGCCCCUCCCCCCGCAUCUUUCCUCCAUGGAGGGCUGUGAAUGGGGGGACGCCCCGCCCCCUCCCCCUCCGGGCAAGCCCGCCCCGCCCUCAGCAAAGGCGGCGGCCGGAGCUUCGGCGGGGCCGGGCCAGCGCCGGUCACAUGGCGGGGAGCGGCGGCGGCGGCAGCCAGCGGAGCGGGGGCCGGGGCGGCAGCAUGGCCCUGGAGGACCCGUUCUCUGCCGUGCGGGGGGAGGUGCAGAAGGCGGUGAACACGGCCCGGGGGCUCUACGAGCGCUGGGGUGAGCUGCUGCGGGAGACGCAUGUCGUCAGCACCGAGGAGUUCGACUGGACCACCAACGAGCUGCGCAACAGCCUGCGGAGCAUCGAGUGGGACCUGGAAGAUCUGGAGGAGACCAUUGAUAUCCUUCGGGGGCCGGUUCCCCUGCGGGAGCCCCCCGUCCCGUGCCAGGCCGCUGCCCCGCUCCCCACGGCGCCCCCUGCUGGGAGUAGCCGGGCGCACCCCUCCCAUGCCAGGCCGCUGCCCCGCUCCCCACGGCGCCCCCUGCUGGGAAUAGCCGGGAGACCCCCCCAGUGCCAGGUCUCUGCCCCGCUCCCCACAGCGACCCCUGCUGGGAGUAGCUGGGAGACCCUCAGUGCCAGGUCUCUGCCCCGCUCCCCACAGCGACCCCUGCUGGGAGUAGCUGGGAGACCCUCACCCUUCCCUCCAUCGCAGGAGAUGCGGGAUCACAUAUCCAGCCCGUCAGCCCUGGCCUUCGCCGAGCGGAAAAACAGAGAGAUGCUGAUUGGCGGGGGGGCCAGCCAGAAGCCCCCCCCGGAGCGGUACGGCCAGCUGCGGGAGGAGCUGGUGUCAGCCAAUUCCCGCUAUGUUGAGGAACAACAACUGCACCAGCAGCUGAUCAUAGACCAGCAGGACGAGCAGCUGGAGCUGGUGUCGGGGAGCAUCCGGGUCUUGAAGCACAUGUCGGGCCGGGUCGGGGACGAGCUGGACGAGCAGAGCUUGAUGCUGGAGGAAUUUGCCCAGGAGAUGGAUAGCACCCAGUCCCACAUGGAUGGCGUGCUGAAGAAGAUGGCCAAGGUCUCCCACAUGACCAGCGACCGGCGCCAGUGGUGUGUGAUCGGCAUUCUGCUUGUUCUCCUCAUCGUGGUGCUUAUCCUCUUCUUCACUCUGUAAUCGACUGGCCAGGACUGCGGGGGGGCACCACUCUCCUGACCAGCACCCCCCCUCCAUGCACAUGCCUCCAUCAUUGCUUGGCAAGCAGCCCAGGAGCUGCCCUGCUGGAGCACAGCCCACCCCAGUGCCUUUCUCUGACCCUUGGGGCUGGCACCUAUGGUAAAGAAAAGGCACCUCCAGGUACCAGGGGAGAUUCCUGCUGGGAAUCUGAUUCAGGUCUCCUCCCCCUCCCCCCCCCCCACCUCCAGCCUUUGCUUCCACAUCGGGGGCUUGCAGUCGGGUACAGGGCUGGGGGUGUCCUCAGCCUGUAGGGGGCCGUAGUAACAUGCUGGAAUGGGGGGCACUUCUGAUCUCUCCCCAGAUUUGGGAGGGAGGGGAAGCCAGUUCAUUGGUACCUGCAAAGCCAGGAGGGGAAAGGAGAAGCAGCUUGCCCAUCCCAUGUUCCAGGACGGGACAGGGCAGCACAGCCUGUGCCCCCAGGGGGCGCUGUCUUAUCAUUCCAGCAUCCUGCCGCCCGUUGCAGACAGACCAAUUCUUACUAGCAUGGGAUGCAGACUCAGCUGUUAAUACCCUCCCACGCUGGGCUGGCGCACUGGGUGCUCUGUGGGUUCAGGGGAUGGUGACAGCUGCUUUUUAGGGCUCCCCCACCCUAAAGCCCAGCUGCACUUUGCCCGGCAUGCGCUGGCUCCUCGCCCCUCCCCGGCAGGGCCGUCGCUCGUUUUUUUGUACGAAAAGCCAAAAUAAUUCCUCAGGCGGGUUUUCAUGCGAAGGGCUUUCGGUUAAAGAAAUUGGGGGUUGUGUUGCUGGAUUUUUGCUGCCUUAGCGGGGAGGAAGAGACCUGAUGGUCGGUUUGUUGUUGUUAAUUAUUUGUAUUAUGGUAGAGUCGGGAGGCCCCACGGUGCUUGGUGCUGUACAAACAUAACCGGGAUGGACCCUGCUGGUGCCUCUGUCGCAAGGAGAGGCUGCAGUGCAUGUUGGGAGAUGUUGUCUGGCCAGGGAGCAGGGCCCAUGGGGGAAAUAGGGGCAUGAGACACUCCUUUCUACAAUUCCCAUGAUGCACUAUGGCAGCUGGGAGAGAGUGCAGUGCAUCAUGGGAGAUGUAGUCUGGGCAGGGAGCUUGGCCCACAGAGGAAAAUGGGGGUGGGAGUGGCUCCUAGCUCCACAAUGUGUUAUGGGAGAUGUAGUCCAGCCAGGGAGCAGGGCCUGUGGGAGGAAGUAGAGGCACAAAGGACCUCCCAACUACAGCUCCCGUUUGACAUGGGCCUAGAGUCUCCGGCCUCGCCGGAACCUGAAUUUCUAAUGUAAAAAAAAUCAAAUUGAUAUUUUUUUAAAAAAAACUUUAAACAAAUGCACAAUAAAGCAGCAAAACUGA